GGUAGAUAGAUAGAUAGGUAGAUAGAUAGAUAGGGAGAUAGAUAGAUCACCAAUAGUGUAGUAUUGUUUGUUGGAUUUAAUAACUUUUAUAUAAAUAUUAACAAUAACACCAAUUUCAUAUAUUAUAACACCAUUUAUAUUAUCUUAUUGUUAUCUUUACUAGAGAAAUAACUAUAAAAGCAAUAACGUGAUUUCUUUCUUCUUUUUUCUUUUUUUCGAUAGUUUUGAUUUGUUAUCUUUUUUGUUUACAUCCAAAAAAAAUACAAAAAAAAACGAAAAAAAAAUUGUAUUUUGUUUUACACCAUGUUAUGUGGUUACAAUCAACAUCACAUUAUUUAUAAAAACACACACACACACACGCAAUACAUACAUACGCACAUGCAUACAUACCUACCGACAUAGAUCCAUAUAUAUAUACACACACACAAGAUGAAUAUAUCAUAGAAUAUUGGAAUUUAUCAUUAAAUUCCUUCCGAGAUAAAUUAUAUUUUAUUACUAAUAUCAUAUUUUUUUUCAUUUUUUUCUGUUUUGUUACCAUGAGCACUAUGAUGCCAAAUAUAGAUUAGUUGUCAUAUCAUAAUAAUAAUAUUAAUACAUAUUCAAAUAGAAUACAAUACAUGUAUUUUGAUUUUGUUUAGUUACUAUGUUUGUACAUAGAUAUUACAAUUUAUGUAAGUGAAUAAGUGAACCAAUGUCUGGAUCCAUCUAUCUCUCUAUAUAUAAAUAACAUUAUAGUAUCUAAAUGAAUAUGUAUCAUUCAUAAUUACUUACUUAGCUGUUAUUUAAUGAUUCAUCUAUAAAACUCAUUUAAGUAAUAUAUCUAAGUAAUAAUAAUAAUAAUCAGUUAUCAUUUAUUAAUUUAAAUAAACAAACAAACAAAAAGAAAACGAAAUAUAAAAAAAAAGAAAAGGAAGGAAAAAAAAUCAAUUUUCAAUUAUUCAAUUAUUUAUUGUUUUAUUUAUUUACUUUUGAAUAAACAAAAAGAAAAGAAAAGAAAAGAAAAAAAAGCAAACAGAACAAAUUUCAUAAAUAUGGAUUCGAGUCCUGAUGGAUCAUCAAUCAGUGAAUCAACUCUUACUUCUGGAACCUAUACAUUACCCGAUAGUAGAAGAUCACAAAUUCCACGAAAUAAUUCAAUUUCUUAUCAACAAUUUCAAUCACCUAUUAUUUAUACAUCAAAUUAUAAUUAUAGAAAAAACGAUCAAUAUAAAAUUGAUCGUCCAUUUUCAGCUCCAAAAAUUUAUUCUAAUUCUCAUUUACAUAGAAUGAAUUCCAAUGUUUUAAUGAAAUCAUCAGAAUUGAAUUAUUCCCAUGAUUAUCAUUCCUUUCAGUCUGAUAAUGAUAAACAUAUACCAUCGAAUAAAAAUUAUAAUAUUCGAUCAAGUUAUGAAAUUGAAUUAAAUCAAUAUAAACAUUCUAAUAAUAAUAAUACUAAUAAUACUAAUAAUAAUAAUAAUAAUAAUAAUAAUAAUAAUAAUAAACGUAAUUCUAAUCACAGAUCCCAUUCAAGAUUCAAUACAAUUACCGGUUCAUUUGAUUAUAAAUCACUGAAUAAUGAAUUAAAAUUUUAUUCCUCUGUAAGAUCUCGUUCAAAUCCAUUGAAAUUAGAUGAUCAACAUUAUCAAGAGAAUAUAUCUGAUACAUAUGAUCGAUAUCAAUUUGUUUCUUCAGGGAAUGAAUCUCAUAGACGUCCUCUUCUUUAUCAAUUAAAUUCUUCUCAUAUAAAUGAAAUAUCAAAACAAUAUAGACCAUUAAGUAGUCAUGAAAAUCAUUUAUCAACACGUUCACUUUGUUCAAAAUUACCAUCACAAAAAAAUCUUGAACAAACUACUGAAAUUGAUUUAUAUAAAACUGCAAUGUUUGUUAUUCCUGCGCCUACAUCAAAUUCUUUACCGAAUGUACAAAAUGAUGAUUUUAUAUCUUAUAGAAAAAAUAUCAUAGAUCCAUCAAUUCAUCAUAAUCGUCGUCAACAUCAUCAUCAUCAUCAUCAUCAUGAUGAUCCUCAUCAUCAUCAUCAUCACCAUCCUCACCAUUCUCCUCCUCCUCAUCAUUCUGAUCAUCGUCAUCAACAUUAUCAUCGAUAUAGAGAUAAUAGUGAUAGUUAUUUAAAUAGUAAAUCUAAUGAAAAAGUACGUACUUAUAUUUGUAAAGGAUGUGGACGUUCAUCAUUGAAACGUAAAAAACUGAAAAAUUCAUCAUAUUCACUUGGUUAUUCAUGUAUAUCAUUGGAUAAAUGUUCAACUCCACAAUUUAUUAAUUCAACUAAUACUAGUAAUAAUAAUAAUAAUAAUAAUCAUAAUAAUCAUCUUUCAUAUCAUGAAAUGGAAGAUGAUUAUGAACGAAUUAUAUUUCAAUCAUCUGGAUAUUCACAAGAAGAUAAUAAAUAUUAUACAUCUAUGGAUAGAACAUCAUAUAAUUCGAAUAUACAUAAUAAAUCACAAUAUAAUAUGAUAUCAAAUAGUAAUAUGAAUAGUUUAAAUCAAAUGGAUUUAUAUAAUGAUUUACCAAAAAAUUUAAAAACUUUACAACAACCAUGUAAAUUAGAUUGUAAUAAAAUUAUUGUUGAUAUUAAACCAAGACAAAUGAAUGAAGCUGAUAAACAACAACAUAUUACUCAAUGGAUUCAACUUGGUACAUUAGGUGAUACACCAAGUUCACCAACUAUAUCACCACUUCCACCUGAUGAAUAUCAAGAUAAAGAUUUUAUUAUACAUUCAUCAAGAUAUUCUAAUAAACAAGAUAAUAAUGAUAAGGAUAAAAAUGAAGAUAAUGAUGAGGAUGAUGAAGAUGCUAUUGCUAUCACUACUGAUAAUGAUGAAAAUCAAGAUUAUAAUGAUUGGAUUCAUCCUCAUGUAAUAACACAUAAUCUACAGAAUAAUAAUAAUGAAUCAUCAUUACAUGAACAACAUAAACAACAUGAAAAUUAUGAACAAAAUAAUCAAGAUAAAGAAGUUAAAAUACAAAUCAUUAAACAACAAACAGAUUUUAAUUUAAAUAAUGAAAAACAUGAAAAUUUUAAUGAAAAUAAUUUAAUUAUUAGUAGACCAUCAUCUAAUUAUACAAAUACUUCUACUAAUGAAAUUAAAUUAGAAUUUAUCAAUAAUCCAAAUCAUCAUCAUCAUAAUGAUAAUAAUAUUAGUAAUACUCAUCAAACUACUAACAAUGAAAUAAGUAGUAUAAAAAAUAAAAUCACUAUGGAACAAAUGAAUUCAAAUACAAAUCUAUUGUUGAAUAAUUCACUUAGUAAUAAGACUUUAUCAUAUGAAAGAGUAUUAAAUGAAUCUUCACCUCAAUCAACAUCUACAGAAGAUAUUACAACAUCUAGUUCUAAAUAUAAUAAUAAUGAUAAAAAUAAAUAUCAAAAUGAACGUAUUAUUACUAUUAAAGAUAUAAAUGGAUUAAAUGAUGAGAUUAAAUCAUCUCCAGGAAAACAUUCAUCAUUACAUAGUGAUAAUAAUAAUAAUAAUUCAGAUAGAUAUAUGUAUUCAACAUCAUCAUCAACAUUAAAAAGUAUACCAUCUAUACCACCUAAACCAAAAUUACAUAAUAUUAAUGAAAUUACUAUGGAUAAACAAAAAAAUUCUACAUUAAUUACAUCAGAAAUACGUUAUAUUAAUAGUAAAAUAUCAAGUCAUUUAUCAAAUACAACAAAUAUAGAUUCAUUAUUAUUAAAUACAAAUUCAAAGAAUAUAGAACUGUUAAAUGGAUCAACUGAAUUAGCAACUGAUUUAUAUCCAAAUUUAGUUAAAACACGUGAUACACCAAUACCAAAUGUUAAAAGUUUAGUAACAUAUUUUACUGAAUUAAUUAAAGUUCAUACUGAUCUACAUGAAAUCAAUCAUUCUAAUAAUAUAAAUAAAGAAAAAGAUAAUAAUAAUAAUAAUCAUUAUGAUAUUACUUACAAUCAAUAUAAUAAUAAUAAUACUACUACUAAUAAUGAUAAUAAUAAUAAUAAUAAUAAUAAUAAUAAUAAUAAUAAUGAUAAUGAUGAUGAUGAUGAUUUAGAUAUACCAGCAAAUAUAUCACCAUUUUUAUUACAUCAUGAAACCCCUAUCGCAAGAGAACGUCGUUUACAAGCUGUUGAAAUGUUAAGACGUCGUUCAACAAUUCAUAUGACAUAUGAUCGUUAUAGAGUAUUUCCACCUGGUUAUAGUACAUCAUCAUCACCAAUAUUAGAAAAAUUUAAUCGGAAUAUAAUAAAUAAUAACAAAGAUGACUGUAAUAACAAUAAUAAUAAUAAUAAUACUGAUAAUAGUGAUAAUGUUUGUAAUGAUAAUAAUAAUAAUAAUAAAAACAAUAGUCAUAUAAUUAUAGAACAACAUAAUACUGAUCCUAUUCAUCGAUCAAUUUCACCACCAAAAUAUCAAGUACGUAUGCAAGCAAAUUUACAAAAAGAUUCAACAGCUAUAGUUGCUUAAUAGAUUAUUUUUUUCAGAGUGGGGUUGAGUGGAGUGGAAUGGGGUGGGAUGGGGUGGAGAAAUUAUUUUAAUACAUUUAUAAAACAUAUAGAUUAUUAUUAUUAAUAAUAAUAAUAAUAAUCAAUCGUUGUUUCGUUUCUUUGGCAUCAAUUCUACCUCUCUUUUUUCGUCAUGUUUAAUUUAAUAAUUAACCAUUGAAAUAUUCUUUUUUUUCUCUUUUUCUUUUUUUCUUUUUUUCUUCCUUUUUAUUUCAUUUCAACUACAAUUCUAAAUUAUUCACUUAUUAUGAAUAAUAGCUCUUGUAAUUUUUUCCAUUUCAUCCUCUUCCACCCCCACAGUUUGCUUUUCUUUAUUUUUUAAAUUUUUUUCAUUUCUUUUUCUUUCAUUUCAAGUUCAACAGAAUAGCUGAUUUUUUUUUUCAUCUUAUGAACCAUAAUUUUAAAAUGAUUCUUUUAUUAUGACUAAAAGAUUUUGUCAUUUUUUUCCCCUUUGUUUCUUCUCCCACCCACCCCUAUUUGUUUUUCCUUAAUUUUUUUUUCUUUUUUCCAUUUUUUCUUCUCGUUCCUUUUUAUUUCAUAUCAAGUUCAACAGAAUAAUUGAUUUUUUUUCCCCUUAUAAAUUAUAAUUUUAAUUCCGUUUUUUAAAUUAUGAAUAAAAGUGUUUUGUAAUUUUCUUUUUUUCAUUGUUUCUAUUCCACCACCCUUCACCCGUUUUUUUUUGUUUUUCUUUAUUAUUUUUUUUCUUCUUCUUUUCUCAUGUUCAUAGUUCAAUACUUAAUUGAAUGUUAAAAUCGUAUGAAAUUAAAUAUCAAUAACCAAUAAUAAUUUCAUAAUGUAUAAAUAAUUAAAACAAAAAUAAAAGUAAAAAAAAAAAGAAAAGAAAAUCAACAUUCUAUUAUAACAAUUAUAUCAUUUAGUUAUUAAUAUAAAUCAAACAAACAAAUCAAGAAUUAAUCUUGUAGAUUAUUGUUUAAAAAAACUUGAAAUUUUUUUUUUUCAAUAAUUUCAUCAAAUAAGAUUAUGAAAGUAUUUAAGUGUUUUAUUGAAAAAAUUUCAUAUCAUUUUAUAUAAUUCAUAAGUAAUUGUAACCAUGUAAAUCAUAUCAACAAUACUUAUUCAAAAUAAACAAUACAAUUUUAAAUGGAUUUAUACUUACUAACUUACUUACGCCUGUUACUCCUCGUGAAGGAGCAUAGGCCGCUCACCAGCAUUCUCCAUCCAACCCUGUCCUGGGCAAUCCUUUCAAGCUCUUUCCAGUUCUUAUUCAUCUUUUUCAUAUCUGCUUCUAUUUACCGACGUAAUGUGUUCUUUGGCCUUCCUCUUUUCCGCUUCCCUUCAGGAUUCCAAGUUAGCGCUUGUCUCGUAAUACAGUUUGAUGAUUUCCUCAAUGUAUGUCCUAUCCAUUUCCAUCGUCUUUUCCUAAUUUCCUCUUCAGCUGGAAGCUGGUUGGUUCUCUCCCACAAAAGGCUGUUGCUGAUGGAUUUAUAAGUGAUAUAUUAUUGAUUUAGU